CUCGUACAUAAACACAUUCCUCAAAUCUUAGUUAGUGCUACAGGUGUUAGCUAUAAGGCAAAUAAAGUGUGCCUUUAGUGUGAAUUCGUUGCGCAAUGAGAAUGUGAACAGCCAUUGUAUCAAUUGCAGUGGCAAUUGCGUGUUACUACCACAACAAUAAUAAAUAACACGAAGAAGAAGAAAACGCAAUGUCCACCAGCUACAAUUGCAGCAACAGUGACGAGGCAUUUGCCAUUUAUUUCGAGGGUCAACCUUUGCGAUUAAAAUGGCAGGGAGUACCGCCCUUGACCCGCAUGCCUGCUAUGCGUCUUUGUCAUGUAGCUGUAGGAAAUGGAACAAAUGUAGAGAAAGCAACAGGAACACAGCAGUCAAAGUCAAGCAGCAUGCUGCUGCUGACAACAGACCAGUCGCUAUAUUGGGGUGAGCUUGUGCACGCAACCAGUACCUUGGAGUUAAAUCUACUGCGGUCGGACAUAAUCGACGUGGACUACUGCCAAGCCUUACGGCAACUGUUUGUGGUGACGGCAAAUGGCAGUGUGCAUUGUCAGCUUUUAACAGGUGGAUAUCGCGCAGCCGCCUGGCAAACACUCAGCUUUGAUCCACUAGAGCUGCUCGACGAGGGCGUCACUAUGCGUCGUGUUUGCUGCUCUGCUCAGGGCGUUGUCUUUGUGAGCGACAGUGGUACCACCUAUGUGCUGGGCAGCUGCGGCGAGGUGUUCAAUGCCGAACAACCUCGUCAUAUGCGCCUUUGUGAAGAAGGUAAACAACUGCUUGAUUUGGCAGCUGGGGAUGAACACUUUGUACUGCUUGUGGCUCCCCACCAACUGGCGGAUGAAGUUCUGCAGCUGCAGCAGCCUCAGUCAGAAGAACGAGAGCCUGAACGUGGCUCAACUAAAUCGCUGAACAGCGGCUGUUCGGAUCGUAGCUUCAGCAGUAAUAGGCGGCAUCUGCUUCAGCAGGGAUAUGCGCUUUUAAAUACACAACUAUUUACUUUUGGCGCCUCGAACAAUGGUCUGCUCGGCACUGGUGACCACAUACGUCGCGCGCAUGUGGCAAGGCUGGAGAAGCUGGAUGGGAUGGGUGUCUGCAGUAUUGCGGUGGGUAAGCAGCAUAGCGUGGUGCGCACUCUGGACGGUCGUCUCUAUCACUGGGGACUGAAUACUCGUGAGCAGUUGGGCGAGGAGUUUAGUUCACCCACAGAGAUUUGCAUAGCAGACCAAUUGUUGCCAGAACAGCUCACUGCACUUGAAGCCACCUGCGGAGAUUAUCGCACAUUGCUACUAAAUGCUGCUGGUCAGAUACAAACGCUCCCUCAGCUGCACUCCCACUCUCAAUCUCAGUCAAGCACAUAUGAGCAGACGCUGCUGCAUUUGCACUUGGGGGCAGCUUGGCCGCGACAGCUUCGUCUUUUGUACUGUGCCGGUGGGUUCACGUUGCAGAAUCGCCGCCAGUUCCAACGACAAUAUCAUUACUAUCUCAGUCAUUUAGAGUCCCAAUUGCAGUUACUGCUCAAGCAGCGUCAGGCUGUGCAGACUUUGGUCAUCUGGGAGCUGGCCGUGCUGGAGGCGCUGCUGCUCAAUUGGGAGCGCAUCGUUUGCUUGGUUGCGGCCACGCUGCACUCGUUGGAGGGCUUCUAUCGCUCAGACUAUGUACUGCCAGCGGAUCUCCUGUUCAUCUGCUAUUAUCGCGAGUAUAUCGAGCUGUUUGAAGAUUACACCAAAUGCUACUGCGAUGUGCUAUCGGUAAAUGGCUUCAGUGAGGCGGCAGCGACCAUUGGCUCGCCACCGCUAAGUAGCGUCAAUCCGCUUGCGGAGCUAGCUGAGGAAAGUUAUCUUACUCGGCUUUUUCAGCAGCCGUUUGGCGUUUAUCAGCUGUUCAUGCAGUUUUUGGAGCUGCUGGUUAGAGCCCAGUCGGAGUAUGAGGAGCACCGUCUGGCCUGGUCGGAGUUUGCGCGCUUGAGCUGCAUAAGCCAAGAACUGGCCGUCAAUACCAAGGAAUUCUGGAGUAGUAAGGAGUGCACGCCACGCAUUUACCACCUGAAGCAGCGUUAUCGGCGAGUGAUUCUCACAUCAGCCUUGGUGCCACUCAAGCUCUCCAGUUCAAACAGCAUUGGCAUUGGCAUCAGCAUGUCCAGUAAUAGUUUCAUACUCUUCUCAGAUUUUCUCUGUCAACUGGGCAGUCACUCCUUACACACGUAUCCGCUGCAAACGCUCUGGUUGUUCCCAGAGGGCGAUCUGGGCAUACGCGUACUAACGCCCGAGAAGAGCUUCUUGUUGGUCACCCGCAAGUCAGAGGCGCGCAAGGUCUGGCUGGAUCAGCUGCAGUCAAGCAUUGUAUCCGCCUUGGGGCGUCCGCUUGGCUCGAAUGUACCCAAUGUGCGCACCACUGGCUACGAGUUCAAUGAGCAUCCCAGGUUCGCCAAGGUGAAAGCAUGGGGCACCUGGCGCAGAGGCGUGCUGCAUGGAAACUGCUAUCUGGAGUAUCCCGAUGGCAGCGUCUAUUGCGGUAGUGUGCAUCAUGGCGUCAUUGAAGGCUAUGGGAAGAUGGUUAUACCCUCGACUGGAGUGUAUGUGGGCAACUUUAAAGGCGGACGCUUUCAUGGAUUUGGAGUUUAUGAGCUGCAUGGCAGCGGUGCCCACGACAGCGAGAUCUACGAGGGCAACUUCUACGAGGGUCUUUACAAUGGUCAUGGCAUGAUGCGCAACAAUCGCUACAUCUAUGUCGGCGAGUAUGUAGCUAACACGCGUAGCGGCUAUGGCGUCAUGGAAGAUCUCGUCAGCGGCGAUAAGUACAUGGGUAUGUUUGUGGACAACAAGCGCUGUGGCACAGGCAGCUGCAUUACGCAUCGUGGUGACUACUUCGAGGGGAACUUUUCCAACGACGAUCUUACUGGAAGCGGGGUGGCUGUGUUUGAGAAUGAUUACUACUACGAAGGCGAGCUGACGCUGCAAGGCCCCAAUGGACGUGGCGAGUAUUACAUGCCCAGCGGCGAUGCUGGCAAUGCUGUUGGCGUCAGCGAAGAGGGUGACGACAACUACGAGCUGGUGGGCAACAAAGUGUUUGGCCAGCUAAGCGGCAGCUGGGAGACUGUGCGUAUACAAGCGGGAGAACUGGCACUCAAUCGAUGCUUUUCCAAGUAUCCCAGUUCACUUGGACGCACGGUUGUGGAUCAUUAUCGCAAGUGGCGCGCCUUGUUUCACAACUUUGAGUCGGAUGUGGCAAGCUGCAGUGUCAGUAGCACCGGCCACAGUAGCAACCACAGCAACAACUUUUCAGGCAGCAUUAAGAAGCCUAUGAAGACAACGCUUAGCACAGCGCAGCUCUGGAGCUGCAUAGCUGUCUACAUGAGCAAGCAACGAUCUCGGGAUGCCAGCAAGCCAGGCAACUAUUUUAAUAACAUUCUGCUCAGUCUGCCGCUGCCACAGAAGUCACCCACACCAGGGCUCAAAAGCAGCAAUCAAACGUCAACGCUGGUGUCGUCGGUACAAAAGCAACAAUCUACGCUGAAUUUGCUCAAUAGCUCUUUGCCACGCAUACAUUCCCAGGAGACGCUGUGCAGCAAGCGGAAUAGCCUAAAGCGCUCCGACAGCUUGCUCUCGAUGGGUCACAAUUCUACAUUAGACUCGCGCAGCUUGGUUAGUUUUGAGCUGGACGAUAGUCUGGUGAAUCGCAGCUUUAAUGACAGUUCACGAACAAGUGUGCUAAGCAGCAAAUCACAAGCGCAAAGCAACCAUAAUAACAACAAUAACAAUAGUAUCUCUAAAAAUAAUAGCAAUUGCUCCAUUACAUCGACAACAUCGACCAGCAGCAGCAUGCUGGACCAGAUGCCCAGCUUUGGCAUGGCUUCAGCGCUUACCGAGCAGGAUGUUAGCUCAAUUCGUUUGUACUUAGAGCAGGCGUUCAAGGACCCCUAUCACCCAUUGUAUGCGCUUAAUGAACGUAUAGCAAACUGCUUUCAUUACUCCUACGGCUACUGGAAGGUUAAGCCGACACCAAUUCUGGCCAAGCAGGCAAUGCGCGAAUGGGAGUCAAUUUCCAAACGCAUUUACAGGUUUGUGCGCAAGAUGUUUCCUGCUCUUCCUGAGGAUUUCUGUUUUAUGGAUGACACAAAGGAAGUAAUUUCGCAUAUAACAUUGCUUUAUCCGCUUGUGCUAUCCGAAGGAAUUUACUCCACACUCUUUGUGCUCUACGCCAACAAGUACAAUCGCAAGGAUGAACUCUACCGACAAAAUCUUAAUCACGCCGAGAAGCUAAGCAACAACGAGCUGGCACAGCUGCUAGGCCAUGACAGCAGCCUUAUAUCAGUGAUGCUGGAUCCGCUUUUUCAUGAAGCCGUACAGAUGCUGAAGCAGCUUCAGGAGAAGUUCAGCCCUCAAGAUAUGUUGACUGUGAUACAGCGCAGCAUGGAGAUGCUCACGCAGGCUUACGAGCAUGCCAUGGCCAGCAAAGCCGCUCAGCUAAAUGCGGACAAUAUGAUACCGUUGUCAAUGAUGUGCAUGUUGCGCGCAGCGGUGCCACAUUUGGGUGCGGAGCUGGCGCUGCUGGACGAUCUGACAGGUGGACCCAAUUUCCAAGCCGAAAUGAACGGCAUGGCGGGCUAUUGCUACACAACGCUGAAGGCAGCUUACGAACACGUGACAAUGCGAGUGCUGCAACGAACACUUUGAACGCAAGCAAAUAAGAGGCCUAAGUUAAUUAUUAUUGUUAUUGUUAUUGCUUUCUAUGCAUACAUAGAUUGUUGCUUAUUUGUGCAUAUAUUUAUAUAACAUAAACGCAUAUACAUAUGUAUAUAUAAUUAGAUUUGAGCUGUAUAUAAAAUGAUAUGUACAGUCGUUGAGCUACCCUUAUGUCGAUAUGCGUAUAUUGUGUGCAUAUUCGAACUUUUAUAAUCAUUAAAACUCUGUACCAAAAGUAAGAUCUAAGAUAAACAUUUCCAACACCACUAAAAUAAAUAUUGCUCAUUAACUUGAUUGUGUAAUAAAUGAUUGUGCACUUGGUA